AUGAUUCCCGUAUACCCUGACGAGCUGGUUGAUCUUCUAUGUGAGGAUAUAGCCUAUAACAAGGGCGAGGUAAAACUUUCGUACAUAUGGGAGAUCGCAGCCAAAUAUGUUGAGAUAACAGAUGAAAAAAUGAAGGAGUAUAUUUUUUCCUGCAUGACUGCUAAUGUGGAUAUUGUACUUUAUGAAAAGGGCAAAGCUACACAUGAAAGCUUCACAGAUGUAAUUGGGAAGGACAACAUUAGCGUGGGAAUAACAGAGGAAAAACUAUGGAUCAUUCUUACUGGAUACACGAAGAAAGAAUCCAAUCUUGGGGGAGCCGCUUUUGAGCUGCUGUUGGAGAUAGCCAAAUCAAAGGAUCUUGGAAUAAAUACCAAAGAUCUAGCAACUGCCACCAAACAAGAUCCCAGAAGUAUCACGGGUCGUGUGAAAAAACUGGAAGGUCUUAUUUGUUCUGUUCAGAUGAUUUACAAGGGGCAUGUUGUGAAGUUGCUAAAGCUGCGAAAGUAUGCAAAACUCGAAAAUAACAUGAAACCUUACGUAAAUAUAAGAGAAUAUCUACCUAAGAUUGUUGAAAUAGUCAAGCAUUCUAAAAACGGUGUUCGUCAGAUUAUCGAUCUCAAAAGGGAGUUGAAGCUAGACGUGGACAAAAGACUUUCCAAAUCCUUUAUAGCAGCAAUCAAUUGGCUAACCGAGAAAGGCCACAUCAAAAAAGUACUGGUAGUAUCUCCAACGAAUACCGCAGUAAAAAUCAGAUGUGUUAAAUAUUUAAAAGACUACAUCCCGGAAGAUAGAUCCACUAACGAUUUUGACUAUGAAACGGAUUUUGACGAUGAAGCAAGUGUUGACUUCGAUAAGACUGCAAAUGCAGAUACAGAUGCAUACGAAGGCCUUGACAAUUUUAACGCAACUAAUUUGCUACAGGAUGACAAUUUAAUUGUCGAUGAGAAGAAUGAUACUGAAAGGAAUAAAUUUCUCUUAAACCGAUUCUUUCCAGUACAAAAUCAAACGUAUGAUUUUGCAGAUUCCUCUGGAUUGCAAGGUGUAUCAACCAUGCAGCUAAUUAAUAAGCUUACAGGUCCUGACUACAGGAGGUCCUUCACGAAGUUGACAGAACUCUACGUAAAAAACGUUGGCAAACAAAGCAGUACAAUUCGUAGAUACGAGAUCAUUAGAGUUUAUGACUUUGAGGGUAAAAAAAAAUUCUACAGAUUUUUCUCGGGAGAAAACUUUGGAAAUCUGACAGGUAGUGUGCAACCGUGGCGGGAUGUCUUCGAACCAAUUGCUGCGGAAAAUGUGACGCUCAGCUCCCUUAAUAAAGCUAGCUUCGUUCCUUUGAGUAGUACUGUAAGAUUCAUAAGACGAGAGGACCAGGACAUUUUUUUCUGGAAUGGAGAACUGAAGGUUCCUCCAAGUGUUAACGCACCAGCGCUUGGGCGUAAAAGAAAGCACGAAGAAGACUCUACAAACAGCUUGGAAAAUAAUAAAGAAAAUUUAUUAGAACGCAAAGUUCCCAAAGUGGUCUCAAUAGAACCCUCAAGCGAUUUUCAAUCGCGUGAAGUUUCGAGUGACAGCCUAGCCCCGAAGAAUAAUUCUAUGACCAAAUCAGAGGUAAUCAAAGUAGGUGGGUUUUCUGCAAACUCGCUGAGAUCACUUUAUAGACAGCGUGCGAUUCUUGAAGUUGUAAGACAAUCGGGUGGUGUAACCUACCUCAGGGAGCAAUUUUUUGAAGAUGUAUCCCGAUAUAUGGGAUCUCCUACAAUGCUGGACAAGAAAACUGUUCGGGGCGAUGUUGCUUUAAUGGUCAAAAGUCACAAAUUACACGACAGCUUAGAACCCAAAACACAGCGACGCAUAAUUCAUCUGCCUGAUAUCGACAAUGAUGCUGUUGAGAGUUAUGUUGUGAAAGAGAAGGACAAUAAAAGGGCGCAUUUCAAUGAUAUCAUCCACAAUACUGACAUAUAUUUUUUUGAUCAAACAGAGAAAGACAAAUUUCACCGGGGCAAAAAGUCCGUUGAGAGAGUGCGACAGUUUCAGUCUCGAUCAAGAGCGCAUACUGAAACUGGCACAUCGUCCUCAAAAUCCCCACUUUCUGAUGGGAAUAAAGUCAAGAAUAAAACUCAAAGAAGGCCGAAGAAAACGGAAAUGAAAGAAGGAACAGACGCUCUUUCUAAGGAGUCAGCGGAGCCUCGAUCGAGGUCUACUUUCCAUCUGGGAAGCAAAGAUGGAGUUGAGGCGUUGGUAAUGACUGUUGUUAUCUCGAAAAGUAUCAAAAAUGAGGUAGCAUGGGAUCAAAUCACUAGGCUGUUUCCAAAUAACUCUCUAGAAAGCCUUAAGAAGCAAUGGACCAUUCGUAGAGUCAAAAUGGGCCAUAGCGGUUGGAGAGCUCGCGUUGAUAAGUGGCGAAAAAUUCUCGUUUCAGCUAUAAAAGAUGAAAGGACAACUCUUGAAGAGGCAGAAAGAUUAAACUUGCCAAAACUGAUUCGGUUGUGGACGGCGUCGGAGCUUGAUCCUAGCGGUAAACCGGUAUCUCUUUACAGAAACUACUCUGAAAAUAGAAAGCUCUACACGUUUGUUAAAGAAUCUGAUUAUUCUUCUGCUAGAAUAGGGCUUGCGAUGUCGUCUAUGGUUCAAAGGGAAACCUCUCUUUUGAAAAAAAGUUAUAUGCUUGACUAUACAGACGACACGUUGGAUGUUUUCGACACAGACGGAAAUACUAGAAUGUUAAUCAGGUCGUUACUAUUCAAUCAGUCGAGUGCAUCAAGAGACGAAAUUCUUGCACUGAAGAAAGUACCCAAGGAAACUUUAGACAAAGUGGUUAUGGACAUGGCCAAAGAUAAGCAAAUUCGUUUUUCUGGUGCAAGAUUGGAAGAGACUGGUGUCAUUCAAGAAAUAUUGGAGUCAAGAGGGGCUCGCAUGGCGUUUGAGGAAUCAAAGAACUAUAGGGAAAAACUCGAAGAAAUGUUAUCGGCGAAAAACGGUAUUGUAGUCAGUGAAGAGACUUCUGAUGUAGCAUCUUGGACGCUGAUUGACCUUAUUUCUAGAUGCAAGAUUUUACUGAGUCCAGUGAAGUCACCAGAAAACGGUCGUCCAUUGAGUUACACCACAAGAAGAUUCGGAGUUGCAGCCUUAACACCCCCAUUUAUCAUUACUCCACGAGAUAAUAAUUUAUUCCAAAAAUUGGCAGAGGUACCAGUCCCUGUUCACGGAUCAAAUUCGAGGCUUUGGAUCGAUUCGAAGGGCUCGAUACGAGAAAGCGUAUGGAAGAACCUUGUAUCUAUGAUAAUAAAGGAAGUACUUUUCAACCCUGGUAUCGGAGAGAAGAGACUUCUCCAAUACUGCGGUAAUAUAAUAUGCAGGCAAGAAGUCAGAGAAAUUUGUGAUUGGCUAAUCGCAAAGCAGUUACUCUCUCACACCCCAUUCAAGGGAUACUGCGCAACAAGUUGUUGGUAUCGAUUAAUGGAAUAG